ACAAGUAAAGACAGAGACUGGGUGAGAUAACACGGAUCAGUAAGAUCUCGUGGUUAGUCAAACUAGCAGUUGGCGUACGAAUCCAGCGCAAGACAGGGCGUAACUCUCUUUCUUUCCCUUCGCUUUUGUACCGGCGCUGCAUUCUACGGGUUCACGGGGGUUCACGGGACGAAUCAGGUACGAGUCGACCACGAAUCAGCUGCGGUUACGAGUCAGCCUCGCUUCAACGUUCUCGCCGCUUUCUGCUGUUAACUAAAUUCUACUCGCCAACAUCGGUGACUUGGGUGAACGUGGGAAACUCGAAACUCUUUUGCCGGUGGAGUAAGAAAGUGUUGCGAUACUCGCUACUGGAAAAAUGAACAUUUUCACCGGGACGGAUCGAUUGCUCGAUAUACCUUGCGGAAAGUCGUCGGUUCUCCAUGAGAAUCGAGAGAAACUUGGGCAGGACAAAGUUUCCACACUUCAGGAACUCAUCGAUGCGCUACACGAUGCUUUCAAGACGGAUCUUGUGAAUAUCGAUCACGUGCAGGAACUGAUGACGAGCUACAAGAGCAACCCCGCGGAUUGGAAAAAAUUCGCCAAGUUUGACAGAUACAGAUAUACGAGGAACCUCGUUGACGAAGGAAACGGCAGGUUUAAUCUCAUGGUGCUGUGUUGGGGCGAAGGUCACGGAUCAGCCAUACACGAUCACGCUAAUGCACAUUGCGUGAUGAAAAUUCUCCAAGGAAAACUGUGCGAGACGAGAUACGCGUGGCCUGAAACAUCCGAAACGAAAGACGGUAUGCCGGAGGAGCUGAGAGAACUCGAAAGGAAUAUACUCGAUACGAACGAAAUCUGUUAUAUCAAUGAUUCCAUGGGUUUGCAUCGUGUUGAAAAUUCAAGUACAACGAAUCCAGCGGUUUCAUUGCAUUUGUAUUCACCGCCGUUUUCGACAUGCUCCGUAUUCAAUAAGCAGACCGGACAAAAGACUGCAUGUAACGUUACAUUUUGGUCCAAGUACGGCGAAAGGAGGAACCGGGAAAUUCAAGACACGAGAUCUCCAGAGGAUAAUUAACAUCAGCAAGGAAGCAGGAUUCACUUUGAUCAUGUUUACUGGAAUUUAUUUGUGUAAAUCUAGCAUCACACUAUGUAUAACUUCAUGCCUUCUGACGCCGAUUCGGCAUGCAGCCUCCAGUUCGGCUCAGUUCUACUACAUGAAUUCCCAGAUAGUACAGAGAAUUCAAAAAGAAUUCAGUCGUAUGUCACCAAUUCUGAGUUCAUUUUUAAAUGCAAAAAGAAUUCUUUUCACUGAACUGGGGCCAGAUUCUCGAAAAUAUCGCGCAUAUGACAUUUAGUGAAAAGCUAUAGUUCAUAUUACGUAUACUAUACGUAACGAACGUUUUCACUAAAUGUAUGCGAGAUAUUUUCAAGAAUCUGGCCCCUAAACUGUUCAAGAAUUCUUUUUGCAUCUAAAAAUAAACUAAGAAUUGGUGACAUACGACUGAAUUCUUUUUGAAUUCUCUGUGCUAUCUAGAUUGCUAUCGUGCAUUGAGAAAUGUAUAUAGUAAAUUGAAAGUUGCCUAGAUCCAGUCAACACAGAGAGUAUAAGUUACAUUAUAUUUGUGUUAUCGCUUUGCAUUCAACAAUAGGCGAUUUUUGGCGAUCGUUUGUCGUUGGACGCCAAACAUUUGAUAUUAAAUAGUCAUAUACUAUAAACAUCUAAAAUAUACUAUCUAUAUACAUCUAUAUACAUAUAUAUUUAGAUAUAUCUAUAUAUCUAAAAU